AUGUCCGCCUCGUCAUCGCGUAGCACGACCUCGUCGCCCGACGUCCUCGGCCCAGAAGGAGACGCGCUGUAUCUCAUCUCGUCGCCCAUGCCAGACUUUCGCGGCCGUCAGAGCUGGCUCCCGCCGUAUACCGUCCGCACGCCGCGCAGGAAAGAGCGGCUCCCUAGCCGCAGUCCAAGCAAAAGCGCCCAAACUCUGCGUUUCGAUGACAUCCUGCUCCCGCCAAAGUCCCCAAGUCGCCCUCGAUCUAUCUCGCCUACCAAGAUACAGUCUGACAGCAGCCUCAGCCCGUGGAGGAUCCGCGUCACCGUGGAGGCCGAGCAGGAUGAGGAGAAUGAGAAUUCCCAAGGGAGCCCCCGGAAGAAGCUCAAACCUUCUACAACCACUACCAAGGUACCUCUCAAAGAUGAAGAAGGGAUCCCGCCCUCGGAAAAAAGACGAAGGGGAAGGCCGCGGAAGUCAGACCUGAACGCUACGAGCUCCUCCCCGACGAAAGGAAGCCCUGGACGCACCCCAAAACUGAAACCACCAACUCCCGGGAAACGGCCGCGAGGUAGACCGAGGAAGAGCUUGCAGUCAGAAAUGGUCGCACAGAGUAUCGAGACCGACCAUCAUCCUGCAACGAUCGCCACUUUAGAGACACUGGAUGAUAUCGCCAACAGAAAUUCACCUGUGCCCUUCCUGGAAGCAGAUGAAGCAUCAGUUGCCGACUCGCAACCAGAUUCCGACCCCUUUCUUGAUAUGGUAGAAUCUGGGUCACUGAACACUGAGCAACCGGCAACCAAUAUCCCGCGUCGCUUCUCGCCAAGCGAAUCCGAAAAAUCGCAUUCCCAAAGGACAAAGGGCGUCCGCGUCAUAGAGGGUGCCUCGGAAUUGACACCAAUAAAAUCUCUCGCUGCUGUACGACGAAAUCAAGCCGUUUCCCCCGAGAACACUUUACACGCGGGCCAUACACCUCGCCUUCGAAGAAGUUACCCGACCCCGGCGUCCUCCUCGCUUGUUGACGAACAUCAGGGAAGUCAAAAGAUGCAACAAUUACACGAAGACGAGGUUGUUCCUAUCAUCGCGGACCCAACGGAUGAGCACAACGAAUUCGAUACAAUCAUGGAAAGCGAAGGCUUCAGUAUGGUGUCUUUGGAAUCGUUACCUUCCGCAAAACAAGCGGGAUUUAGUUCUAUUUUGAACUCUGCCAGAGGUGCUCUGAAACCCUUUUUUGAGAAGCAGAAGCCGGUCCCUUUCAACGAGAAACCUAAAAUAACCACACUUGGCAACAAUAAUAAUGAUGCAUUUGCAACAUCGUCGCUCUUGGAGUCGAAUCAGAAUUCUACAACCACUAGAGGCCAUGUCACGGCUAGAGGACCAGAGCAGCAUAUGCCCGAGGAAAAUAAGCGCAACCUGGAGAAAGACGAAGAAGACGAAGAAGGAUUAGAGGAAGAAGGAUUAGAGGAAGAAGGAUUAGAGGAAGAAGGAUUAGAGGAAGAAGGAUUAGAGGAAGAAGAAGAAGAGGAAGAAGAAGAAGAGGAGGAAGAAGAAGAGGAAGAAGAAGAAGAGCAGGAAGAAGAGGAGAAGGAGGGAGAAGAGGGGGAACGGGAAGAAGAAGAAGAAGAAGAAGAAGUGACCGAACUAAGCAAACCAAUGGAGACUGGGAGUGGUAUUUCUGCACAAGAUCCAGAAACCCUGACCCAGGACGAGUCAGUCCUUCGGCACAACUUUCCUCAAAAGGCGUUCCCUAGCCUUUCACAACAGGAAGCCGAGUGGCAACAUGAGCGAGAAGUAGUCAGCCAACAAAUCAACAUGGCUGCCUCAAGCGAUAUCAUCGUACUCGGAAGUGAUGAGGAUGUCCAGUCACAACCUGAGAACGAGGAACCCGAGUCACUUCUCAACGACGACGAGGAACAAGAUGAAGACGGUGACUUUGACGAUAUAUGGCAAGAAGAGGCCAGGGAUCGCAGUUUUGAUAAACGUUCGGGCCGAGCAUCCCAAACAGAAGAAAAGUCAUUGAUUCAGUCAGCCUCCCCUAAGCGUACAGAACGGCAUACAGACUACAAAAAAUACUACGAGUGGAAUCCAGACAAAGGAGAGAUCCCGCCCCUUGGAAGAUCGCGAAUGGCCCAAUUACAAGAUGAGGAAAUCGACUUAUCACUUCUACUGCGACCCCGUGACACUCCGAAAUCAAGGAAAUACUACGCAAAUAGCAGCCCUCAUACAGUGGCUAGCCAGAAAUCCCAGUCCAACCCAAAUGCUAUCAUUGAAGUCGUCAACAAUGAACUAAGAUCACAUGGUGACACACGGGUAUCCCAGGAACUAAAUCGAACCGACCGUAACAUGACAUUUGAUGGAGUUGGUAACUAUGAAAAUACGCAUGAUGAUGUACACUAUCAAGAUGAAUAUGAGGAAGAAGAACAUGGAGAACAAGAGGAACAAGAACUUGCAUAUGAAGAAGAGCAGGAAGAAGCAUACGACGAAGAGCAGGAAGAAGAGGAACACGAUAACGACGUGGAUGCCAUUCAAACUUCCCCCCAGAGGGAAACCCCAGAGCACGAUUCUGAUGUGCACAACUCUGUGGUCACGCCAGAUCCUGGAAUCUCAGACUCAAAACCUUCAUGGUUUCGCCGUCUCACUAACAAUGUUACCCCAGGGUGGUGGGCCAAACCGGAAAAAGGACAGUUCAUCGAGGCCGAAAGGCCUUUGGAUGAGUCCUUGAGCCCGCCAUUUAAUGGAAAAAUUGACGAGCUGUAUUCACCAGUUAUGGAAUCAACUCCCAAUCUCAAACGUGGACGGGAGCCUGAGCGGGAACACCCUUCAUCCGUGGGCUUCCGUCAUCAACCACACAAAAAGGCUCGUUCAGUACCAUUGGCGACAUCGGGAUAUUUCACAGAUGCUCAUUACGUUGCACUAAGGCGUCUUUAUUCCAAUGCCAAGCGAUUUCCCGAACAAUUUCCUUAUCACUCAAACGCAUACCGUGACGAGAUGAUUGGAGACUCACUUUGGACUUCUGACGGAGAACAUGGUCUCCCCAUUGCUGAAAUUCAAUUCGGUAUUCUGGAUCGAUUUGUCUCCGACCUUUCAGAAGCUAAUCUCCAAAGUGGGGGUAGUGGUGAGAUUGGAUGGACAGAAGAUGACCUCCACAAACGGCUAUUCAGUAUAAUUGUUGGUGAGCAAAUCCGGAGAGAGCAGAAAGAGCAGCAAACUCAUCUGCGUCGGUAA